AUGAAUUAUCCAAUUCAAGCUGGUCUGCCAGAUAUUGCAACAUUAAAUGCUCAAGCUGAAAAUUAUGACUACAAUAACACUGACUCUGAGGCAAUAGUGGUUUAUAGUGGUUAUUGGACUCUGGAAGAUACUAUCUAUACCCUAAGCAUCAUUAUAAGCAUUUUUGGAGUCAUGGGAAAUGGAAUUGUCCUUUGGCUCCUAGGCUUCAAAAUUAAGAGGAAUCCUUUCACUGUCUACAUCCUCAAUUUGGCGGUGGCUGACUUUGGGGUUCUCGUGGUCCUGGACCUCCAAUGCAUAUGUAUUUUCUUACCACUGAUUACUUUAGAAAAUUAUGUAAUUAUUCUUUUUAAUCUUUUCAUGUUUGUAUAUUGCACCAGUCAAUUUCUUUUGACCACUAUCAGCAUUGACAGAUGCGUGGCCACACUGUUUCCAAUCUGGCAUCGGUGCCAUCGGCCCCCAUGCUUGUCCACCGUACUGUGUGCCUUCAUAUGGGUCUUUGCCUUCCUCCCCUUUGGAAUUAAGAUAAUUUUCGUUGUUACUAGAGGGGUUAACAUUUCUCGUGAAGCUCUCUCUUUUUUCAUAAAUACUCUGUUUUGCCUGCCUCUCAUGACUCUCUCCAGUCUGAUCCUGUUAGUCAAAGUCUGCCUUAAACCAAAACAGCAGAAGCGUAGAAAGCUUCUCACAAUAAUUUUACUAUCACUCUUCUGCUUCCUUAUAUUGGCCUUUCCAUUGACUCUUGCAGAACUGAUGAACUUUUUUGGAUAUGUGACACCUUCGUACUGUUUUACCAUUUUGUUUGCUUGCAUAAACAGUAGUAUAAACCCAGUGAUCUAUUUUCUGGUAGGGAGCAGGAAAAAUAGUCAAUCUAGGCAGAGCCUGAAGGUCAUCUUCCAGAAAAUUUUCAAGGAGGAUGAAGAGAGUAGGAAGGGAUAA